AUGAUUCUUUCAACUCUUGUACUUUGCUGUUUUCUUGUCUUUGUAGAAGCAAGGAGCCUUCCCUUCUUGAAACUACCCUAUGGAACCUGGCAGGCUUCCAGCUUUGAUGAAGUGGCCAAGGUAUAUACUUUCAAGAAUAUCCGCUACGGCGCACCACCUACUGGUAACCGCCGAUUUGCCAAGCCUGAACCUCCGGAGGCGGUGAGCGGAAUUCAAGAUGGUUCCAAGGGUGCCGCUUACUGUCUCUUCCUCGAUUUAUACAUGCCGGAAGAAUCCUUGAAGUCGGACAAUAAACUGCCAGUUAUGGUCUUUGUCCAUGGAGGAGGGUACACCACUGGAUCUAAGGACAUGCUCGACGUUGUGGGAUUAUAUGACGGUACCGGUCUCGUGAAUCAAUCCAAAGGCCGUGUCGUUGUUGUCACACUCAACUACAGGCUUGGUGUCUUUGGUUGGUUGGGUGGCACGACUGCUGAACGUGCUGGUGCUACCAACCUGGGCCUUAUGGACCAGCGCCUAGCUUUUGAAUGGGUCCAAAAGUACAUCCAUCUGGUCGGUGGUGAUCGCAACAAUGUCACUGCGUUCGGAGAAUCCGCUGGUGGUGGAUCCCUCAUGCAUCAUCUUACACUCGGAGGAGGAACGAUAUCACCACUUUUCAACCGCGUGCAGAUCUAUAGUGCAGGUCUGGCUUACAACUUUGAUCGUAAGGGCAAGCUUGAAGAUGCCUUCCAGAAGUUUUCGGCGGUGGCCGGAUGCCAAGGGAAAGGCUUCUCCUGUCUACGUGCUGCAAGUCCACAGAGGCUUAUUCUCGGACAGAUCGCGGUAGCCGGAUUGUCUUUCACCAUUGCAAAACCACAGUUCGGGCCAGUUCCCGAUGGAAAUUUGGUCAAGAACGCAGCAUCUCUGGACUUUGCUGCAGGCCGCUAUUGGAAACAACUUAAUUCUGUUCUCGUUGCGCAUGCAAUAGACGAUGCCGGCCUCUUCGUAGAUCCAACUAUCAAAACAGAUGCCGCAUUCCUCAAAUUACUUCUUGACGCUUUUGGCUAUGUCGAUAUUGUGGCUUCUCUCGCAGCCGAGUAUCCUGCCGAAGACUACUCUUCGCCGCUGGCUCGACAGCAAGACGUCUUGAAGGACGCCGUCUUUGCUUGCAACUAUCGAUGGGUAACUAAUGCGUUCCCGAGGAAUUCGUACAACAUGCAAUUCUCCGGAGGAAGCAGUGGAUCGCAUGGCCAAGUGUUGCCCGGAGUCUUCUACAAUCCAACAUUGACUGUCGAGGCCAAUGGUACCAACUUCCCUGUGGCCGAGUAUUUCGGAAACCAAGACAUCUUCAACUCUUUACAGAGCUACAUCGUCAGCCAUGCCAUAUCGGGGUCUCCGAAUACAUAUCGAAACGCUCCAAGCACCAUCUCAUGGCCCAGGGUGUCAGGUGCUACCUCUGAGAACCUGGGCAAUGUUCUCAAUGUCACGAACAAUGGAUUCCAGUUGAUCACGGAUAGACAGGGGGCCUCGUCUCGGUGCGACUUCUGUGGAAACCCAGUGAAAAAUUGGACAGUCGUCGUUAUCUAUACUGUACUUGAGCACCCUGCGCAGUGCAAAGGGGCAUUGGCCAAUCUUUGCAGCAGUAAAUUCACAACUCAUGCAGCUAUUGGAGACUAA